UUGAUGUGUUAGUGUUGAAUGUUCAUUUGUUCAUCAUUUGGUAUUUAGUGUACACUAUUUUUUCAUUCGUUUACUUUCGGCAUUUGUUGUCAUACUCUCGUUAAAAGUUUAAACGACUUACUAAACGCGAUGGCUGGCAGAUCGGAAGGACGUUAUUCAAAUGACAAUGAAGGGAAUAAUGAUAAUGAUGAAGAGAUGACAUGCGAAGCAAACAAUAGCGAAGGUCAAUUUCAUACAAAUUGGGAUUGUACAAUUGAUGACUUGGUUGAUGAUCAAUUGCUUAGUGAAUUUUCUAAUCAAAAUGGACCAUCAAGAAAUAAUCUUGGUCAACAGUCAUAUUCCAAAAGAAGUCAUAGCCCUGAUAAUGAUGAUGGUUUAAAAGGUUUUUCUUCAUGGUCUUUAAAAAAAGAAAGUUGUACUGGAUGGUACUCAGUAGAAGUACCAAAUAUUAAGAAUAGUGGCAAAAUCCUAAAAUUGAUACAAACUUAUAUCGCACCUGUUGAAUUUUAUCCAUAUAAUAAAAAACAUUUUAAUAAUUCAUUAGGAUUUUUGGUUGAUGAUUAUGGGGUUGCUAAGGUAUUGGACAACGCUAACUUUAAGAUAACACAAAAAAAUAGUCGAAAAUUAGUAAUAAACGUGUCAUUAUAUUUACCUCCACGUAGUCUUACAUCAUUAUCAACAGUAUCCAGUGAAUUAAAGGAGAAAAUUAUAGAAGCUAUAGCAACCCGUUACAAUUCUAGUACCAAGAGUUUAGAUUUGUCGCAUUUUCAUGCUUGUCCAUUAUUUACCAAUAAUCAACUAUUUGCACCAUUAAAUCGACCAACAAUUUUUUUGGCGGUUAUCAACAGAGCUGCUCAAUAUACCAAACAUGAUUUGUAUGGUUUAAGUCUUGAAAAUAAUAACAUUUAUUUAGGUGAAGGAUUUAUAUGGAUACGUAGAUUUUUUCCUGAAUUAAAAGUGUUAGAUUUGGCUGAAAACAAAUUUUCUAAUUUAAAAGAAUUAAAAUGUCUCUCUGGUUAUACUAUUGAAAUACUGAACUUGUCAAGAAAUCCUGUGUCCAGUGCCAUGGACAAAGAGUGUUACAAGCGGGAUUUACAACAAAUUUUUCCUACGCUAACUAAGUUGGAUAACUCAGAAUUACCGUCUCAGUACAGUGCAAUAAGAUCCAAGUUCAAAAUGCCAAUUAGCUUGGGUAAUUGUUACCCAAUACCACAAAGACAUAAUUCUAAACUCCCAAAUCCUGUGAUGACUUUAGUUGAAUCUUUUCUCACUCAAUAUUAUGAACACUAUGAUAAUCAAGUGUCCAGACGAAUGAUUUCAGAAGCUUACCAUGAAAAUGCCAUUUUUACAUUAUCCAGUUGUCUUCUACAUGAAGAUCUUCGCGGAAAUUUAUCACGGUACUUACAUGAGAGUAGAAAUUUUUUAAAAUCUGAUAGAAGCAAACAAGAAAGAGGUUUUUUACACAAAGGCAAAAAAAACAUAUUAAACUUUCUUAACAAGUUACCUAAAUCUAAGCAUGAUCUUAGCUCAUUCAUAGUUGAUGUUCCAUUUGCAACUGCUACAAUGAUUCAGAUUGUACUCAAUGGUGUGUUUGCUGAAGACUUUAAAAUAUACGAUUUCAACCCCCUAUAUCGAUCAUUCUGCAGAACAUUCUGUAUAGUGCCUUUUGGAAAUGGUUGGAGUAUAAUUAGCGAUAUGUUCUUCAUAACAAUAGUUACCGAUGAGUUAUUAUUAGAAACUUCGAAGCGAUUCAAUAUUUUUAUACUAAACCUAGAGUCGUCAGAAAGAAAUAAUUCUGAUUCUAACAGUAACCAAAAUGUAUCAAUAUUUUUGAAGGAUACUAAUAAAAUGACUGGCAUAAAAUCAUCAUUAUUCGGUCUACAAUUACCCACACCCAGCUACUUACCACCAUCUUUUAAGCAAUCUACAUUAUCAUCCUAUCAGCCAUCACCAAUGUUUGCUCCUAUAAAUUCACAGCAGUCAUCAUCUCAUCAAGGGGGCAUGCAGACAUUCACUAUACCGAUCCAAAAAAUGGCACCUGUUGCUACAGUAAAUUUCCAACCAAACUCACAACAGCAACCAGCUUCUUCAUUUAAUGUGUUUAACACAAUAUCAUUGUCUACAGCUUUAAAUAUUGCCUCCUUGCCUCUAAAUCAAUUGUCUAUGGUUAAGAGAUUUUCAAAUGAGUUUGGAAUGAAUAAUGAGCAGGCUAAAAAGUAA